AUGGGUGCAGCAGGGGUUUAUCGUCUGCGCUGGACGGUCCCUCCUGCUGCGCUGGGCCUUCUGGGUAGUGGGGUACUUUAUAAAAGAGGUGACCGCCAUAACCAGUUGUUGCAAUCGGACUCAAAAGCAUACUUUUCCGUGUCCUCCGGGCUCAAUGCCAACGAACGGUCAAAAAGGAAGUCUGCAGGAAGCUCAGAUGCUGGCGACGAGGAGGGUAUUACUCGAUAUGCAGAGACGGGGCUUUGGGCCAACAUCAUCCAGAAAUUCGACGGUGUGAAGCAGACCGUUGGUAAUGCCGAAUGGAUCGAACUUGAUAGCAUAAAGAAAUCGAUCAUUCCCGACUGGACCUCAUUGCUCCCUGUGACGGUGCAGAAACUGCAACGCGAGCUCUCCAUGGCUCCUGGCUCUCUUGCGGAAGAAAUUUGGAAAGAAGCUCACGAUCCGGAUGUGCACCCAGAGAUUCUUCAAGAAGCCAGAGUCCGCGUUGGAAAUACCUUGUGCGACGAAGAGUUGGCGUUCCGGCGCAAGCGGCAACAGCAUGCUGUAAAGGCAUUGGCUUCCUACUUGAAUAUUCCUGAGGAGGAUAUUCAUCCGGACGACGUUCCUAUCAUUGCAAUGUGCGGUUCGGGAGGUGGUCUGCGCGCCCUCGUGGCCGGCACUGGCUCGUAUCUUGCUGCUCAGGAAGUGGGAUUGUGGGACUGUGUCACCUACACUGCUGGCGUCAGUGGCAGUUGUUGGCUGCAGACUCUAUACCAUUCAUCGAUCACUGGUCGGGAUUACAAUCGGUUGGUCGAUCAUCUGAAAAACAGGCUUGGGGUGCACAUAGCGUUCCCACCCAAGGCUCUCAAUCUGCUCACAACUGCACCUACCAACAAGUAUCUGCUCAGCGGACUGGUCGAGAAAUUGAAAGGCGAUCCCGGCGCGGAUUUUGGCUUGGUCGAUAUUUAUGGCAUGCUACUGGCCGCGAGACUUUUAGUCCCCAAAGGAGAACUAGGAGUCUCGCACCAAGAUUUGAAAUUGUCUAACCAGAGGUACAAUCUUUACAAUGGUGCUCACCCCAUGCCUAUAUACACAGCUGUCCGUCACGAGAUCCCGGUGCUAGAAGCCGUGGAAGACGAAGAGCCGAAGAAGAAAAUAACACCCGAGAAGCUUAUUAAGGCGUCACAGAGCGAGGCAUGGUUUCAGUGGUUCGAGUUUACCCCCUUUGAAUUUUUCUGCGAGGAGCUCGGUGCAGGCAUUCCCACCUGGGCUUUGGGAAGGCAUUUUAAUGGUGGUCACAACGUGAUACCCCCUGGGGAAUAUCCGUUACCUGAGAUGCGUGUUCCAGGAUUGAUGGGCGUGUGGGGUAGUGCUUUCUGCGCGACGCUAUCCCAUUACUAUAAGGAGGUUCGACCACUGCUGCGAGGCAUAGUAGGCUUCGGUGGCAUAGACUCCUUAAUCCAAGGAAAGUCGAAAGACCUGAUCCGUGUCCAUCCGAUCGACCCUGCGACGAUCCCCAAUUACGUAUUAGGCAUGAAAGAUCAAUUACCGCCUUCUUGCCCGGAAUCGAUCUUCCAGAGCAAGCAUCUCCGGCUCAUGGAUGCGGGAAUGAGCAACAACUUGCCCAUUUACCCGCUUUUAAGGCCAGGCCGAGAGGUCGAUAUUAUUGUCGCCUUUGACGCCUCGGCUGACAUCAAGCAAGAGAACUGGCUUUCUGUCGUGGAUGGAUACGCCCGUCAACGAGGCAUCAAGGGAUGGCCCCUUGGAGCGGGCUGGCCCAAAGAAGACACCGGGCUGAAGGAGACAGAAGAGAUGUUGCGAGAGCCGCAGAAUAUCACACAAGAGGCGGUAGACGAGAAGAUGACCGACGCACGACGAAACGGUCCCCAGGACCACGAAGACGGAGUGGGCAAAUCGCACCCCAUGCAGCCUCGGAAAGCCGGCGACGACCGACCAUCGAUUCAGGAUACUGAUCUAGGCUACUGCAACGUGUGGGUCGGCACAAAGCAAGAAAGGGUAUCUGACAAGGAACCACCACCAUCGAAACGGUUAUUCCAUCCCCAUCAUGGAGAUGACUCAGAAGCAGACUUCCACCUCAUGCAUCCCGACGCCGGCAUCGCAGUCGUCUACUUCCCCCUGCUGCCCAACCCCACCGCCCCGGAGCUGCCUCCGAGCUCCUCGAUGUCCAAACAACCGGUCCCCGCGCAGCAGUCGGAGACGACAUCCUCUGCAAACGUCGAGGACGGAGUACGCCCUUUGACUCCGUAUCCCAGUACGAUCAACCCAGAAGUAGACGAUUUCCUGUCCACUUGGAACUUUGUUUACACCCCUGAGCAGAUCGACUCGGUGAUUGGGCUGGCCAAAGCGAACUUCGCGCAAGGCGAAGAACAAGUGAAGCGUGUCGUGCGGGGAGUCUACGAGCGCAAGAAAUCCGAUAGACUUCGACGGGAGGAGCGGGCGCAUAGGGGACGGAUGGAAGGGUUUGUGCCCAUUUGA